UAGUGCUAAUUUAUUUUUUAUACAUUCUGAUGGCUUAUUGUGGUGUUACAUACCUUAAAUGUCAAAAAAUUCUUUUUGAAUAUUCCAACAGCAUAUUUUUUUGAAAAUUAAGAAGUUUUUCAUAAUUUAUUGUAACCGUUUGUUUCUGUCCGAUUUUAAAACCGAUUUCAAACUCAUUCAAAGUGAAAAUUCUGUCAAGAACAGUUUGUUUUGUUCAACUAGUAGCUGAAUUAACGUUUUGAGAACCUUACGCCGAGAACUCGACGACAUAUGGACUUACUAAUCGUAACCAGAGUCUUAACAUUACUUCAAGGACACUCGUAACGUUCUGUGGCGUCGCAGGUGAGUUUUUCCGGGCGAGCGAUUCAUAAUGCUAGGAAUUGAUUUCAAGAGGCCGGGAGACUAAAUAGAAGACGGGGAUCUGGCAAAAUUCGAGCAACUACCGUCCGCUACGUGCGCUUCACUGCCCACAGAGAAGGCUCUGUCACAGCCCGCUCCUUACAAAAUCGUUUGCGGCAGGCGAACGGAUACACUUGUUAGUGAUCAAACCAUUACGAAUUGGUUACAUGAGGACCAGAAGUUCUCCAGGAGACGCGUAGUAUGGAUUCCAUUGACUCGUCGUACAAACCGAUUGUUGUCCACAAGACAGCAUCUAGCCUGGGAUAUUAUGGAUUGGAGGACAGAAUUGUUCACAGAUUAGUGCAAAGUCAAUUUUUUUGUGAUGACCGUCGCAGUAGCGUCUAGAAGAUUGAAGGUGAGCGAUUUUCAGAUGCACACAUGCAUGAAAGUGGCAGGUUUGGCAGUCCCCAGGUUAUAAUGUGGGGAGAAAUCUAUAUGUCAGGCAGAACCGAGCUGGUAAUACCUAAUGAAGGCACAAUUUCAGCUCAACGUUACAUAGAGGAGGUCAUAGGAACCCUUGUGGUGCCGUAUGCACAGAGAAUCGACGCAAGAUUCCAUUUGAUGCUCGAUAAUGCUCGCGCUUAUAUAUAUAAUUAUAAAAAAUGCGUAUGCGUAUGGCGUAUGCCACAGAGGAGCAGAUGACCGUGCAGCAUUCGUAUCUCUGCUCAAAGAAUUGCGUCUGGCUUUCGAAGGUGAAGCCAAGACUUCAGGUCAGCCCCGGCUCCUGCUCACCGCCGCUGUACCGGCGUCGUUCGAGGCGAUCGCCGCUGGAUAUGAUGUACCGGAAAUAUCGAAAUAUUUGACCCGAGCGAAGCCGGAGCGGGCCGCUAGUCACCAAACUGCGGUACUCUCUUUACUGAAUGACAGAAAGGACUUCAUAAACGUGAUGACGUAUGACUUCCAACAACUAGGACCACCAGAGAAGCGAGAGAGGGGGGCUGGGCUCUGGCUUGCAAACAAUCCGGACCUAAAUCCCACCGAACACAUGUGGAAUUUAUUGAAACGCAGUGUCCGAAGCGUAAACCAACCCGUGUCCCGUGUACAAUGAAAGAAAGAUAAUCAACGUGCUAAAAUCAAGCUGGGAACAAAUUCCUCAAGAAACAGUUGUACACCUUAUGGAGGUGUACCUUCUGGGCUUAAGAGUGCAUUGGAAAAUGAGGAGGGCACACCAGAUAUUGAAUAAUGUUAAUUUUUAGGAAAAGUUGCAUCAAAAGAUUUUUUACUGUUUUGCUGUUAAAAUUAAAAAUUAAUCAAUUUAU